GUGGGCUUCCCUCCGGCUCUCUCCUCCUCUCUCCUCUCUGCCAGUUUGCUUGCAGAUCAACGCCGUUGUGCAAAUCGACAGAGAAGAAGACAAGAAAUCAUGGUUUCUGAAAAGUUUUACCUGCGCCUGCUCACCUUUGUGACCUUAUUGACCGUACUGGCUCUCUCGGAUGUUGCAAGUGAGAACACUCUGGAAAAGCUCUUGAAAAAAGUGGACGGUGAGGUAAAGCCAGCUGCAGCUGUGGCUGUGACUCCCUCAAGGGCCAAACAGUUCCUGGCUUCUCUUAAAAGACCCAAAAGGAACCUGUGGGACCGCAGCCGCCCUGAUGUUCAGCAGUGGAUCCAGCAGUUCAUGUACAUGGGCUAUGACGAAGCAAGACUUGAGACGGAUCUGGCCUUCUGGAUGGACCACCACCGUUCCAGUGACCAGGGGCGCCAGCAUCACUAUGAUGAAAACUCUCCUCUGGCGCCUCGCAGCGCUAGCUCAUACAGACACGGGGCAAAUGUCAACUAUGACUACUAUUAAAACACCAAGAUUAUGUUUCUGAAACAUAACCGCUCCGAUUUACCACAGUCAUAUCAGCUUGCUUCUGCCUUCUGUAGCUUGUACUCCCUUUGUAAAUUGAAAUAACAGAAAAUCAAGAAAAAAGUCCAUUUUAAGUUCACUCAUAAAUGAAGAAUCUGUCAUCAUUUACUUGAAAACGACUUGAAAAAUUCCCAGAAAAACAUCAAGUAACCUAUACAGGACCAGAGUUGAGACUCUACAGACCAUAUGAUACCUUUAUGUGAUGAAAGGAACGAAAUUUAAGGCAUUACCAAUGAUCUUGUCAAAUUAUAUUUCAAGCUUGACAGCCGCAGUCUUCAUAGGCUUUCAUCAUAUGGAAAAUAACAAGAACGAUCUUCUUAAAAAAACUGGUUUGAAAAAACAUGAGGGCAAGUAAAUGAUGACAGAAUCAUUUCUGGGUGAACUGGGUGUCUGUCUGGUGCUGUUUUUACAAUAAAGAUG